AUGAGCCCGCUUGCCCUACACCAUAUUGAUCCCAGCCUCAGGUCGAUCCCUUCGAAAGGGCAACUCCGACGUCACGGGAUGAAAGGGAAACUGUUAGGACUAGGGAGGGAGGGGAGGAGAAAACCGUCCCCAUUUACGGGAGGAAUAGCCCAACGAGGAAAACAUCCCGUUUUCGCGAUCUCGCAAAUAGUGAAAGUUGGGAAAGCUAACCCUACGGAAUGCGAUCUAUCUCUAUCAUAAGAAGUUUACUCGGUCAGUAUCGCGUUGCAGACAACAGGUUUAUCCAGGGUUAUGAAGUAUUGACCUACUUCGUAGGAGUUUAACUGGGACGGAAAGAGGGGGACUUGGAACUGAAGGUCCCCACAGGUUCUCCUAACCUCUCAGGGGGUUAUUUACAUUU